AUGGCAUUCAGACCAACUCAAUCCCGCACCUUUUUCCGCACACUCAAAAACCUCAUUCGCGAAGAACAUCCCUUUGCCCGCAACACAUCUACUCUGUUGCCACACUCGCACGACAACUCAUUGCUUGUAAGACGCACUUUGCGCACUGGAAUGACUUUUGUUCCGUUUCUUGCCACGGUACUAGGUUGGCCAUUCGUCGCUGCUUGGGGCUUGAAGAAGACGGGUAUUUGA